AAGAGUUGGACAUGGAAAUCUCUAUUUAUCCUAAAUUCCAGAGGGACGAUUUUGCAGUCAUAACUCAGGCUAUUACAUUAGAUUUAAGCAUACCACUCGCUUCUGAUAAGUAUGCCGAUACGACAUAUUUCACCAUAGAUUGUUUUCACUACAGUCAGAAAACUAACGCUCGAAUUGCAAACGGUUUGUGGAAUAACUUAUUGGAACCAGUUGGCGUUAAAACAAAAUCCUGGCAAGAUCUUUUUGAGAGGUUUCUGUGUCCAACUCCGGAAAGGCCUUACUUGGCCACAUUGCAAAAUUCUUCGCCGAGGGAGAAAGAGGAAUAAAUCGUCGCAAAUCCGGUUUGGAAUUUUUUUGAAAGCAUCACAUCAGAUACAAUUGAGUGACAGUUUAGUGCUUGAAUGAGUGUUUAUUAACUUACAUAUUGUAUGUGUGAAAAAAUUUAAAAACUACCACAAUUCAAGUAAACCAGUAUUUAUUAGCACUUCUACUGAAAUUAUAGUAGGAUUGAAUAGUGCGAUAGAUUUAAUUACAAUGGAAAGCACUUUAAAAUUUUUAACAAGGAAUUGUAUGGCAUCAAGUUGAUUCCUUGAUUGUAAAAUGCGGAAUUACAGAUCAUUGGUGAACAAGGUAUAUGUUAUAUAUAUUUAUCGCAUAUUUGUAUAUAUUUUAUAUAUAAACCGUGAA